CAACAACCUCAUGAGCGACAUGGAUAUAUAAGCUGAGGCACACCUGCUCAGCAAUAAAGGACUUCAGACCUCCGCAGACUGACCUCAGCCUGUCAACAAAGUUCAGGUGCCGUUUAAUCUGUAACUGGAACUUCAUUUACCAGCAUUACUGCCCGGUGCCCGGAGCGACCUCACAGCAUGCUGCCCGGAAGAGCGACUGAUGUUCGGCUCUGCGUCCUGACGACGAGCCGCUGGGUGCCUGCAACCCUCGCACUGCUCCUCCUCCUCUCCUCCAGCCUGAGCAGCGCCCACAGCACUACGGUGGAGCACGACUUCCACAUCGUUCACAAUGUGGACAACAGAAGUCCAGAGAUAGACCCCUUCUGGUAUGUGGGGCGUGGUGUGCGACCCAUCGGGCGCUUCGGGAAGAGGCACAGCAGCGUGAGCAGUGGGGGGCUGCAGUCAGGUGCUGUCGUCAGGACACUGGGUCUGCUCCUCAACAGCCUCAGAAACAAGGAGGACCUCAGAAAUGUACUGGAUGUUGAGGAUGGAGAAUGGUUACCAUGACAGCGUGUCCAUUCAAACUCCCAAGUGUCUUCAUUUGUUCUCUUUUUUUUAUGAUUGAGGUUAUGUUCUAGCUCUUGACUGUAUUUCUCCAUGACAGGAUAAGAUCCUUGAUGAAAUCAAUCUGCAAAUGUACCUGUACAUAUAAAUGCAUUCUAUAUUGAUUAAUAAACCAGGAUGUUGUCAUUCUA